UACGCGCCGGACCAUUGAACCCAACAGGGAGCUGAAGCAGCUGCAAGUUUUUAUGUGCUAUAAUAGUUUUUAUUUUGGCAUGUAAUGUCACAUACUAUCUUAACUUAAAUUUGGCACCGUUUUUGUGACAACAUGUUUACUAAAGCGUUUCGUGUUAAGUCAAACACCGUAAUGAAGGCAUCAGACAGGAGAAAGCUCAAGGCUGACAUAGCAGCAGCCUUUCCUUCCCUGUCUUCUGAUGAAUUAACUGAGCUGAUCCCCAACAAAGAGGAAUUAAAUGUUGUGAAGAUUUACGCACACAAGGGUGACUCUGUAACAUUAUAUUUUCUUCAGAAAAAUCCGCUGUUCUUUGAAUUGGAGAAACAACUUUAUCCUACAGUCUAUAUGCUUUGGCGUUUCCCCGCUGCCCUCCCCACGUUCAGGACUUGGCCUCCUGUACUUCACAAGAUGAUCGGAGGAGCUGAUCUCAUGCUUCCAGGUGUGGUGGUGCCUUCUAGCGGUCUCCCAGACCUAAAAAAAGGGGACUGUUGUGCCGUUACAAUUGUCAAUAACAGAGCUCCAGUUGCAGUUGGCACAGCUGCAGUUUCCAGUGCAGAAAUGCUCAGUGUGGGCAUGAAAGGGAGAGGAGUAUGUGUUUUGCACACAUACAUGGAUCAUCUCUGGGCCUUUGGAGAAAAAUCCAGUCUUCCCACUAUACCAGAUCCAGAGAGUGAACAACCUGUUGUACAUGGUGAAGAAUGUGCAGCUGAUGAGCGAGAAGAAGAGGAAGAGGAGGAGGAGGGCGAACAGAUUGCAGAACAAGAGCAGCAACAAAGCGAGCCGGAUGUAGAUCAAAGCUGCUCUGGUGUGGCCAAGCUGCACCUGGCUGAGCAGGAGGAAGAGGAGGGGGGAAAAGCAAAUGAGGAAGGAGAAGAGAACCCAGAUGAUCAUAAAUCACCACAAGAAGACAUGGACUCCCUGUUUCUGCAGUGUUUCCUCUGUGCUCUCAAAAGCAAGGUGAAGAAAUCAGAGCUCCCUCUGCUGACAAGCACAUUUCUCCGCAACCACAUGUUUUCCUGCUGCCCGAGCGGAAAACAAUUAGAUAUAAAAAAAUCCAGUUAUAAAAAGCUGUCCAAGUUUCUGCAGGUUAUGCAGCAGCAGCACAGCCUUGUACGGGUGAAAGAGCUGACGAAGGGUGUGGAGAGCAUUAUAGAGGUGGACUGGAAGAACCCAGAACUACGCUCCUUCUGUGUUCCUAAGGAGACAGACCUUGAAGCAUUUUCACUCCUGGGUGGAGGAGGAGAAACGCUGUAUCAUCCUCCUGAAAUCACCAUUUUAUACUCUGUGUCCACCCGACUAGAGCCUCUUUUUCAAGAUGCAAACAAACGGAAAGGUAUGAUACUGCAGCCUGCUGAGGUGAGAAGUAUUGUCACUGACUAUGUGAAGAUGAAUGACUUGGUGGAUGAAAACAAUAAGAACAGUUAUGUGAUCAUCAACCCAACACUAUGUGACUGCUUGCUUGAAAAAUCGGAAUACCAGGAUAUAAUCUCCUUCAAGUGGGAUGACCUUUUCAGCAGGACACUGGAGAGAAUGCAGCAGUGCUAUCAAAUAGUGUUUCCUGGACAGAAACCCGUGAUAAAGAAGGGCCACAUUGAGCCCAUAGAUAUCACUGUCGCUUCUCGAGGCUCCAAUAAAAAGGUGACCCUAAUAAAGAACCUGGAAGUAUAUGGUUUGAAUCCUUCAGCUGUGGCCACUGCAUUGCAGCACCAGGUUCAAGCCAGCUCUGUCCUGCAGCCUGUUCCUGGGGCCAAAAACAAUGUCCUGGUCCAGAUUCAAGGCAACCAGAUUCAACAAGUUGGCCGUUUGCUCCUUGAUCAUUAUCAAAUUCCUCGCAAGUACAUCCAAGGGUUAGACAAAGCUGCUAAAGGUGGAAAGAAGAAGUAGCAUUUUAACAGUAUACCCUUUACUUUCUGCAUAGCUUACACAGAUGUUCUGCUCUAUUGUAAGUGAUGAUUGCUUGUGACACCAUGCCACUGAUAAAUCAAGCUGCUCAGUGUUUGACCUGUUUGGAAUAAAUUUACUGGUGUUGUCUGUCAAAAUGUCCCACUGAAGGAAAAUUAUUCUGAUAUGGCAUGAAAAAAACUAUUCUCUAAUGUUUAUGCACUGAGAGCUGUCAUCUUAAAACAAACAGUAAAGAUAGCAAUUGUAUCCAGUUGGCUUUCAGGAUGUCAAGACCCAAUUGAAUCCAAAUGUGUUUUCAGACGUAAAAGCUUUUCAGAUAAUCUUUUUGUGAUGUGUUUCUGAAAUGGUCUGAAAUCAUUUAUCACCAAGGUAAAAAAAAAUAAAUAUUCUGCGAGUGUAAAAUGGUGUGUCUUUCAGCCAGUUCAGUCCGAGACUGGCAAAUAACGAAAGGAGGGAAAAGUAGGGUGUGGAGCGAUGUCAUCCCAAAGUCGUUCCUGGACACCAAGUUUAAACAUUGCACAUUGCUGGGCCAACAGGGUGCAUCAACAGGGCUUUUUAGUUCUAAUUUUCAAACCAUUUAUUGCCAUGUGCAUGUAUCAUUGUUUAAAUGAUCGCUUUGUUUUCUGCAUUCAUUGCUGUUUCAUCAAGAAAACUACCAUGAGGCCAUCCUAUAAUAUCAAUACAGUAUAAAAUGGAAUGCUGGGGCUGCACCCCACACUCCUGUACCUCUUUCCUGAGGCACUCACUCUAAGUCGAGAUUGUGUGCCCAGGAAUUCAAAAUGAAUGGUCCGCUCCACCUCUCCUCCUUAUUUUUGCGAUUUUGGAAUUUCCUUGUUAAAACUCUUCCUGCAAUUACUUGUCCUCCACAACUCUUAUCUUAGGAUGAAUAAAUUAACUUUAUGGUCUUGUGCCGGGCCUUGUGAGAUUCCUGACUUGUAUGACCUGUGGGUUAUCUAUUUCUCAAGCAGGCAAACAGGCGUACAGUACAGUUUACAAUUAUACUAUUGCAUCCCACAUGAGUACUAUGUAAUAAUUACAGAGCACAAAAAUAGACUGUAUAUUCAUUUCAUCAAGUGUAUUAUAUGUUAGCAUGCAAGUAUAUGACUAAUCUACGCCUUCAUAGUUUACUGUCUAACUGUCCAUAUAUGAUAUAUGGUAGA